AUGGAAGAAUUACCAAAAAAAAGAAAAUAUAUCCCAGAAUCACAACUGGAAACGCAAUGUGACACUGACUACGAGUUUGUCGAACAGGCUUAUUUAGAACAAAAUUCCCAGACUUAUGAUGACUGGGAACCUGGUCAAGAAAAUGAAGAUGAAAUAAAUUCUGCGGCGGAAGGUACAAAAAAAACCUACGAAAGAUUGUGCAACGUACACAGAAAUAUCCACCAAAGAUAUUUCAACGUUUAC